AUGGAGCCGCGUUGGUCCCGAGAGGUGGAGCCUCGGGGCCAGGAGGCGGGGCCUAGGAUUGACAGGGCCGGUCACCAAUCCCACAAGAGAGACCGCGGCCCCGGAACGCCCAGGCCAAGGCACCGGCGGCACGGCCAGCGCCGAGGGACAGACCCGGCGUGCCGAGGCUACCAGGUCCGCUGUCCGUCCUCCUUGGGCCACGUCGCGGUGGUCGUGGACCAGGGCUCCGGCUUCACCAAGGCGGGCUUCGCGGGCGAGCACCAUCCGCGCGUGGUGCUGAAGAGCUCGAGCCUGGUGCCCAGCUGGGACGGCGCGAUGCAGCCCGGCAUGCCGGGCUGCGAGCUGGCCAGGGGCGUGGCGCGGGCGCACCCCAUCAAGCACGGCGUGGUGAUGGACUGGGAGGCGCUGGAGGGGCUGUGGGAGCGCCUGCUGGUGGGCGGCCUGCGCCUGUCCCCGGAGCAGUGGCCCGUGCUGGUGAGCGACUCCCCGUCGGCGCCGCCCAAGGGCCGGGAGAAGACGGCCGAGCUGCUGUUCGAGACGCUGGCGGUGCCCGCGUGUCUCCUGGCCAACACCUCGCUGCUGGCGCUGUGCUCCACGGGCGCGCUCAGCGGGCUGGCGGUGGAGGCGGGCGCGGGCGUGUGCCACGCCACGCCCAUCUACGCGGGCCACUCGUGGCACAAGGCCACCUUCCGGCUGGACAUAGGGGGCAGCACCCUGUCGCGCUACCUGCGGGAACUGCUCGGGGAGGCGUGCCCGGACCUCCUCCCGCACGCGCUGUCCCGCAAGGCGGUCACCCAGGUCAAGAAGCGCUGCUGCUACGUGUCGCAGGACUUCGAGGGCGACCUGCAGCACCCGGAGCGCCAGCACCCCGUCUGCUUCCCUGUGGGCGGCGGGUGCUCCGUGCAGCUCAGCCACGAGCGCUUCCGCUGCCCGGAGCCCAUCUUCCAGCCCGCCCUGCUAGGCCAAGCCGAGCCGGGACUGGCCAAGCUGGCCUUCCAGGCCCUCCAGAAGAUGCCGUCCACACUGCGCACGCGGCUGGCCAGCACCGUGGUGCUGGCGGGCGGUUCCACGCUGUUCCCCGGCUUCCCGGAGCGCCUGCAGCAAGAGUUGGUGGCCCAGUGCCGGCGGCACGGGUACCCGGCUCUACAGCCCCGCCUGGUGGCCGAGCCGGAGCGCGGCACCGCUGUGUGGACCGGAGGCUCCAUGGUGGCCUCCUUGCACUCCUUCCAACGAGGCUGGAUGACCCGGGCCAUGUACCAGGAGUGCGGCCCCAGGCUGGUGCACGAAGUAUUCAAUUGA